AUGAAAUGGAAGAGAGGACUUCAGCCACUGCCGCAAGGCUCAUCAAAUCAGCUGAAGCUUUCGGUAGGAGGUGAAGAUUCACCAGAGGAGGAUGACGACUACAAUGACCUUAGACACAGCAUUCAUAUGUGGCAUCUCCAUGGGCCGGAAUCCGAAGAGUUUGCGGCUGUGGAUCCAGAUGGCGUUUUGUCUGUUGAACGAGUGCAGUCUAUUAUCGCAGGGCAAGGAUUGUUAUUUACACCACUCAAUGAAGGAUCGUUUGUUGAAGAGGUUUUCUCUGAAAAAGGUCCAAAAUCUCACAAUGGCUACCUCUUUGGUGCAAAAAUUGGAGAAGGGUCGUAUGCAAAAGUUAAGGAAGUCGUUGACGAAACGACAUUAGUUCGACGCGCCGUGAAGAUAAUCAAGCACAAUCGGUUGCGAAAGAUUCAGAACGGCCAAGAGAAUGUGGAACGAGAACUGAGGAUUCUCAAUAGGGUUAAGCAUGAGAAUGUCAUUCGGUUGAUAGAGGUGUUCCGGCGGGAAAACAAGAACAAACUCUAUGUGGUGAUGGAAUUCUGCAUGGGUUCUGUUCAGCAGCUCCUCGACACGUCGUAUGAGAACAGGCUCUGUGACGCGGAUACUCACCGGUAUUUCGUCGACUUGAUAAAGGGCCUCGAAUAUCUCCACUCUGUCGGGAUUGUUCAUAAGGAUAUCAAACCGGCUAAUCUCUUAAUAUCGUUAGAUUACACACUGAAGAUAUCCGAUUUUGGAGUUGCUGAGGAGUUGUCGUUAUACCAGAAAGACGAUUCGUGUCAAGUGGUGCAAGGCACUCCGAAAUUCCAAGCUCCCGAGCUGGUCUCGGGAAAUACCGAAUGUUACAGCGGAUUCGCUUCGGAUUUGUGGUCUUGUGGUGUUACGCUGUACAAUAUGAUCUCAGGAUUAUAUCCCUUCGAAGGAGCGGUUAUAAUGCGUCUUUUUGACAACAUUGCUCAUGGCGAAUUAGUGAUGCCGACAAAUGUGGAGCUCCACAAAGAUUUAGUAGUGUAA